AUGUGGAGGCAACUUUACAGCAAGAAUUUGGGACUCAACCCUACUAUCAAGGAUCUGUCGUACUGGCCUAGUGAAACCCAUAAUGCCAUGCGCAAUGCAAUUGAAGCUGCGGGCUUUGGCUAUUCUGACUUGCAUAAAUUCAAGCUGAGGUCAGAGCCCAAAGUGGCUGCUCAGUAUGUGAUAUCAAACAAACUUGAAGACAUCAUCAGCCUCCAGUUCAGCGUCGGCGAUAGAGUACUACUAUGUGACUGUGGUGGUGGUACUGUGGUGGCAAGUGCGGUGGAGCAGCCAUUGACUGCAGACUUUGUGAUCAUCUUCGCGAUCGUUCACAAAGAGAAUCCUGGUUCCUUCCAUUUGGUUCUAGCGUUGAAAUGCGUGCACUCUUGA